AACAUCUUAUUUGUCUUGGGUGGGUGCCAGGCCACACAUGUGGGUGGCGUGUACUGUGCACUGUGUCGCAAACCUCAGGCCCCAGCCUGAGCAUUGUUUUGUCUGUCCAGUGAGAUACAUGUGUGUGCACAGGCAGGCAGGGAGCUGACAAAGGGGAUGUCUGGGAGCUGGGUAGAUGGCCUUGGGGUGCAUGGCUGAGAUGCAGGAAUUGAUGACAUGAAGAAAGAAGAACAGAAAAGGGCAGAUUUCAACAAGAAAAACUUAAGCUUCAUUGGAUUCCCACAUCAAAGGAAAGUUCCAAGCUUUCAGAAAGAGUUCUUCCUUGAGAAUAAAGAACAACUUGCUAACCACAGAAGAGGACCCGAUGCUAAGCUUGUACCUGCACUUCCAAAAGUUGCAGAAUUAAGAAAGCUCUUUGAACCAAAGAAAAAAGGAUUUUUAGAAAUGAAAAGGAAGGAGAGGAUUGCCAGGCGCUUGGAAGGAAUUGAAAAUGACACCCAGCCGGUCCUCCUGCAGAGCUGCACGGGGCUCGUGACGCACCGCCUGCUGGAGGAGGACACACCCAGAUACAUGCGUGCCUCCGACCCUGCAAGCCCCCACACUGGGCGAUCAAAUGAAGAAGAAGACACUUCUGGCUCUUCUUUAGACAAGCAAACUCGACCUAAAUACUGCACAGAAACCUCAGGCAUCCAUGGUGACCUGUCCUGUCGCCCAGGGAUCAUGGACCUACACAGUCAGGAGUCCAAAGCCCAAAGGAUUGCAAGGUACAAAGCAGAGAGAAGACGACAGCUGGCAGAGAAGUAUGGGAUAGCUCUGGAUCCCGAGGAGGACUCUGAGCACUUGUCUCGGUACACCAAGUCCAGGAAGGACUCCGAUGCUGUUGAGAAACGGGGAGGAAAAGCUGAUCAGCAGGAAGCGUCAAGCACAGACCUGAGUUCCGCCUGCUCCAGGCCUGAGACCAUGGGGCUCAGGACCUGUGUGGUCGAACCCGAGCACUAUGCCCUGCUCCACAAGAGUGACCUUUCUGACAAGGAGGUACCUCUAGAAGUGGAAAACCAAAGACGAGGGCAGGAACUGAGUGCCACCCGGCAAGUCCAGGACCCGAUCCCAGCGGUUGAGAGCUCCUCAACCUUCUCAUUCCCUGGGCGAGGCUCCUCCUUCACUGAAGUGCCAAGGUCCCCAAAGCAAACCUACAGCCCCUCACUUCAGCAGUCAACGUCCCCAAGCCACUCCACAGGGGACCCCGAGGCUCGACCCAGUGCAGGGAAAGUCAAGCAUGAGUGGUUUCUGCAGAAAGAUUCUGAAGGGGACACACCUUCACUUAUCAACUGGCCUUCCAGAGUUAAAGUUAGAGAGAAACUGGUGAAAGAGGAGAGUGCUCGCGGCGGCCCUGAACUUGCCUCCGAAUCCUUCCCUCAGAGGAGACACCAAACAGUCCAUUACCUGUCCUUUCAGUCAGAGAACUCAGCGUUCGAUAGAGUCCCACGCAGAGCAGUGAGCUCGAUGCGCCAGGCCAGCCGUGCUUAUGUCCAACCAGCAGAUCCUGUUCCCAUUGUCAAGCUGAUGACAGCAGAAACCCCAGAAAGUGUGUCCGAGUGCAGCUGGGUGGGCUCCGCCACCUCGAAUGUCAUAAAGGCUCCGACCCAGAAGGUUCUAGAAGGUGAGAGGAGGGAUGCCCCAGUCCUCCACAUCUGUGAACCCAAAACUGCAGAAGAUGUGAUCUUCCCUGACACUCUUGAGAAAAGCCCAAAAGCCCUCAUGACCCUGGAGGAUGAGGGGCUUAUGAAAAGCCAUGAAGACCCCUCUGGGAAUGAAGACCUAGGUAGGGACAGUAUCACCUUAGAAGCCCAGAAGGAGCCACCAGCUCAACACCAGCCUACCAAGCAGAUGGGCCGGAGUGAAGUGGUUUUGUAUGUUAAGAGUGAGCCUGUGCCCCAAGAAACCACAUCAGCAGAGCGCAAAAAGGAAGCAGCUCCAAGGAAGCACAAGGUCCGUACCCGCUCCAUGUCUGACUACACGGGUGCCUCUCAGCUUCAGGCCUUGGGGAGCAAGGACUCAGCUGAGCUGGAGCUGCAGGCAUCCAAAGCUGACGGGCCCUGUGCAGAGCCUAGCAUGCUGGACACCAGGGUCUCCGUUGCCCAGCUCCGAAAUAUGUUUCUGGAGUCUGCCAGAACCAGCAAGAAACCCGAACUUCAAUCACGGGCUGAGCCAUCACCCGGAGAAGCUGGCUUGCCCGCUGGUAUGGAGCGGGAGAGAGGGUCCCGGAAACCGAGACGCUAUUUUUCUCCUGGUGAAAGUAGGAAAACUUCUGAGAGAUUUAGAACUCAACCUAUAACCUCAGCAGAACGGAAGGAAUCAGAUAGAUAUGCUUCAAGUUCAGAAAUGCCACCUGCUGAGGAUGAAGAAAAGGUAGAUGAACGAGCCAAGCUGAGUGUUGCCGCCAAGAGGCUGCUAUUCAAGGAAAUGGAGAAAUCAUUUGAUGAACAGAAUGUCCCAAAGAGACGCUCAAGAAAUGCAGCAGUGGAGCAGAGGCUGCGCCGCCUGCAGGACCGGUCUCACACCCAGCCCAUCACCACCGAGGAAGUGGUCAUUGCAGCCACUGAACCUAUCCGUGCUUCACGUUCUGGGGCCGCCCACCCUGUAAUGGCGAGACUUCCUAGUCCCACUGUAGCUAGGAGCUGUGUGCAGCCCACCAGGUUGCAGGCAUCUGCUCACCAAAAAGCUUUAGCCAAGGACCAGGCAAAUGAGGGCAAAGAUUCCGCUGAACUAGGAGAACCUGAUUCCUCCUCUCUGAGCUUAGCGGAGAAGUUGGCCUUGUUUAACAAAUUGUCCCAGCCUGUCUCGAAAGCCAUUUCUACCCGAAACCGAAUCGACAUGAGACAGAGGAGGACAAAUGCCCGCUAUCAGACCCAGCCAGUCACACUCGGCGAGGUGGAGCAGGUGCAAAGCGGGAAGCUCAUCCCUUUCUCACCCUCUGUGAGCACCUCUGUGUCCACAUCAUUCUCCACAGCCACCCCCAUGUACGCAGGGGAGCUUCGGACAAAGCCACCCGCUGAUGACAGUGCAGGUGCCACUGCUGCUGCGACGUUUCCUUCCCUAACAGAAAAUUCAGACUCUCCAGUUAGAAGCAUUCUGAAGCCCCAGGCGUGGCAGCCUGUGGUGGAGGGGAGUGGGAGCAAAGGAAUGUCGAGAGAAUGUGCAGAGACAGAAAGCCAGGGAGCUGUGACAGCCAGGGAUGGUGGUGGUAAAACGCACAGGUCCUCGGAGGAAGCAGAGCUGUCGUCCUCUGCCCUCCUGGGCCAAGCCUGGGAAGGAGACGGCCACCAGGAACCCAGAUACCCAGUUCCAAGGAAGGGAAGCCUGGAGCUCACUGUUGCCCCUGCAGCCCCCCAUGGUGAUGAACUGAAGGAAUUUUCCACCAGGAAAAGCAGUGUGCAAGAAAGCCCCGGAGCGGAGGACAGGCCACCCUUUGAAGACAAGGUGGAUGCAGAGAAUGCCUCCAGAAGGAGGCUUUCACUCAGAGCAGCAGAGUUUGGGGAGCCUGCUUCUGAGCAGAGUGGGACAGCCGCCCCUGGGAAACCCACCACUCCGGCGGCAACCCCCAGCUCCUGGAAGCAGCAGGAUUCCUCUGAACAGUUACAAGAGAAGUACUACAAGAGCACGAGUACCAUGGUUGCGACUGGAGAGAUCCAAGUGCCAACCGGAGAGGGCGCCCUGGACUCACCCAGCAAAACGAUGUCAAUUAAAGAGAGACUAGCACUGUUGAAGAAGAGUGGCGAGGAGGACUGGAAGAACAGGCUUAACCGAAAGCAGGAGUAUAGCAAAGCAUCCACCACUAGCAGCCUGCAUAUCCAAGAGGUGGAGCAGUCGCUGAAAAAGAAGCGGGUCACAGAAAGUCGAGAAAGUCAGAUGACAAUCGAGGAGCGGAAGCAACUCAUUACCGUGAGGGAAGAGGCCUGGAAAACUAAAGGCAGAGGCGCUGCCAACGACUCCACCCAGUUCACAGUGGCUGGCAGAAUGGUAAAGAAAGGUUUGGCGUCACCCACAGCCAUAACCCCAGUAGCUUCUCCUCUGGGCAGCAAAUCGAGGGGCACUACACCAGUUUCCAAACCCCUGGAAGAUAUUGAAGCCAGACCGGAUAUGCAGCUGGAAUCAGACCUGAAGCUGGACAGGCUAGAAACCUUUCUAAGAAGGCUGAAUAACAAAGUCGGGGAAACAGUACUCACUGUCACUGGUCAAUCUGUGAAGGAGGUGAUGAAGUUAGAUGAUGAUGAGACCUUUGCCAAAUUUUACCGCAGCACCGACUAUAACAUACCAAGAAGUCCUGUGGAGCUGGAUGAGGAUUUCGAUGUUAUUUUUGAUCCUUAUGCACCUAAGUUGACGUCCUCUGUGGCAGAGCACAAGCGAGCCGUUAGGCCCAAGCGCCGGGUGCAGGCUUCCAAAAACCCGCUCAAGAUGCUGGCUGCGAGAGAGGACCUCCUUCAGGAAUACACAGAGCAGAGGCUGAACAUCGCCUUCAUGGAGUCGAAGCGGAUGAAAGUGGAAAAGAUGUCCUCCAACUCCAACUUCUCGGAAGUCACUCUGGCAGGCUUAGCCAGUAAGGAGAACUUCAGCAAUGUCAGCCUGCGGAGCGUCAACCUGACCGAGCAGAAUUCCAACAACAGCGCGGUGCCCUACAAGAAGCUGAUGUUGUUACAGGUUAAAGGGAGAAGACAUGUGCAGACGAGGCUUGUGGAGCCCCGUGCCUCAUCCCUCAACAGCGGGGACUGCUUCCUCCUGCUGUCACCCCAGCACUGCUUCCUGUGGGUGGGAGAGUUCGCAAAUGUCAUUGAAAAGGCAAAGGCCUCAGAACUUGCAACUUUAAUUCAGACAAAAAGGGAACUUGGUUGUAGAGCGACUUAUAUACAAACCAUUGAAGAAGGAAUUAAUACACACACUCAUGUAGCCAAAGACUUCUGGAAGCUCCUGGGUGGCCAAACCAGUUACCAAUCUGCUGGCGACCCAAAGGAAGACGAGCUGUACGAGGCGGCCAUCAUAGAGACAAACUGUGUUUACCGUUUGAUGGAUGACAAGCUCGUCCCCGACAAUGAUUACUGGGGUAGAAUUCCCAAGUGCUCCCUUUUGCACCCAAAAGAGGUCCUUGUGUUUGAUUUUGGUAGUGAAGUUUACGUGUGGCAUGGGAAAGAAGUCACCUUGGCCCAACGAAAAAUAGCAUUUCAGCUGGCAAAACACUUAUGGAAUGGAACCUUUGACUAUGAGAACUGUGACAUCAACCCGCUGGACCCUGGAGAAUGCAACCAGCUUAUUCCCAGAAAAGGACAAGGGCGGCCUGAUUGGGCAAUAUUUGGGAGACUUACAGAACACAACGAGACUAUUUUGUUCAAAGAGAAAUUUCUUGAUUGGACUGAACUGAAGCGACCUACUGAGAAGAACAGCAGUGAACUUACUCAACAGAAGGAAGAUCCCAGGGCCGACGUCAAGCCCUACGAUGUGACAAGGAUGGCGCAGUUGCCCCAGGUGAUAGCCGGCACCAUCUUGGAUGGGGUAAACGUUGGCCGUGGCUAUGGCCUGGUGGAAGGCGAUGACAGGAGGCAGUUUGAGAUUGCUAGCGUCUCCGUAGAUGUCUGGCACAUCCUGGAGUUUGACUACAGCCGACUUCCGAAGCAGAGCAUUGGGCAGUUCCAUGAGGGCGAUGCCUAUGUGGUCAAGUGGAAGUACAUGGUGAGCACCGCAGUGGGAAGCAGACAGAGGGGAGAGCAUUCAAUCCGAGUGGCCGGCAAGGAGAAAUGCGUCUAUUUCUUUUGGCAAGGUCGGCACUCAACUGUGAGUGAGAAGGGAACCUCUGCCCUGAUGACAGUGGAGCUGGAUGAGGAGAGGGGUGCCCAGGUCCAGGUCCUGCAGGGGAAGGAGCCGCCCUGCUUCCUGCAGUGUUUCCAGGGGGGGAUGGUGGUGCACUCCGGGCGCCGAGAGGAGGAAGAGGAGAACACGCAGAGUGAGUGGAGACUGUACUGUGUGCGAGGAGAAGUGCCAGUGGAAGGGAACUUGCUAGAGGUGGCCUGUCACUGCAGCAGCCUGAGGUCCAGGACCUCCAUGGUGGUCCUCAACGUGAACAAGGCCCUGAUUUACUUGUGGCAUGGAUGCAAGGCGCAGGCUCACACCAAGGAAGUGGGAAAGACCGCAGCAAACAAAAUCAAGGAACAAUGCCCAUUGGAAGCUGGACUGCAUAGUAGCAGCAAUGUGACGAUACAUGAAUGUGAUGAAGGAUCUGAGCCCCUGGGAUUCUGGGAUGCAUUAGGAAGGAGAGACAGGAAAGCCUACGACUGCAUGCUUCAAGAUCCUGGAAGUUUUAACUUCGCACCACGCCUCUUCAUCCUCAGCAGCUCCUCUGGGGACUUCUCAGCCACCGAGUUUGUGUACCCUGCCCGAGCACCCUCUGUGGUCAACUCCAUGCCGUUCUUACAGGAGGACCUGUACAGCGCCCCACAGCCAGCACUCUUUCUCGUUGACAAUCACCACGAGGUGUACCUGUGGCAAGGCUGGUGGCCCAUUGAGAACAAGAUCACCGGCUCCGCCCGCAUCCGCUGGGCCUCAGACCGGAAAAGUGCCAUGGAGACCGUGCUCCAGUACUGCAGAGGGAAGAACCUCAAGAAGCCACCCCCCAAGUCUUACCUAAUCCAUGCUGGUCUGGAGCCCCUGACCUUCACCAACAUGUUUCCCAGCUGGGAGCACAGAGAGGACAUUGCUGAGAUCACAGAAAUGGACACAGAGGUAUCCAAUCAGAUCACCCUGGUGGAAGACGUCUUAGCCAAGCUUUGUAAGACCAUCUACCCACUGGCUGAUCUCCUCGCCAGGCCACUGCCAGAAGGCGUUGACCCUCUAAAGCUUGAGAUUUAUCUCACUGACGAAGACUUCGAGUUUGCACUAGACAUGACCCGAAACGAGUACAGCGCGCUGCCUGCCUGGAAGCAAGUGAACCUCAAGAAAGCAAAAGGCCUCUUCUGAGCCGGACAGACCCAGGGCCCCUCAGCAGGCACCUUCAGUACCCAGUACCACUGCACAGAAAAACCGAUGUUUUGGGAAACUUUUUUAAAAUAUUCUUAAAUCGGAGUUUUUUUCCAAACCUGACUUUAUUAACACCACCACUUGUCCCAGAGUGGUGUAUUUUGUAAAUGUUUAAGAGAACUCUUCGGAAACUUGCUCUCCACAAUUCUGCUGGUGAUGUCAAUAAAAGUGUCUGUCGUGUAGACCUCCACAGUGACUCCUCAGCAGCCACUAUAGCCUGCCCUUCUGUUCCCACUAGGCGUUGCCUUUGUAUUUUUCUUUUUUUGAAGCAGUUCUCUUUAUAAAGUGUUAUUUUGAUAGUUUGUAGAUUCUAAAAUAUAUAUAUAUAUAUAUUUAUAUAAACACCAUAUAAAUCAAAUAUGUAUUUAACAAAGCAAUCUGUAUUCACUUUUCAAUUUUUGCUUUUUGAUGUCAAAAGGUUGUUACCCAAUAGUGGCAGUGGCUUCUGUUGGAUUAGGUCUGCCACCCAGCCGUAGGUCCACACAGGUCAGAAGCGUCCUUCUGAGUUAGGCCUGACUGGUUCUGAGUGCUGCUUCCGGUGCUAAAAUGAACAAAGAAUUUGUACUUACUGGCGUGGACUCCGAAGAAUCUAUGUGAAUCCACCUUUCUACCUUAAUAUCUCCCCUAAAAUGUAUAGUGCCUUGUUUUUAUGUACAGUUUAUAUACAGAAAAGUUUGCUCUGGGUUUUUGAUGCUGGUACAGAACACUGCCUACAGUUUUGUUCUCAAAUAGUAGAAAUAAAAACAUCUCAAUUUGUAAAGCCAGUUGUAAACAUUACACGUCAUUUUGUGACCUCAGACUCCAAAAUAAAAACUUCAGAAUAAUCACAACAAUGAA